UUGCCUAUAUUUUAAUCAGAGAAAUCCUAUGUUAUGUUGCUUUUGUUAGCAUUGUUUGUAACUUCACACGAUCAUCUGCAACAUUCAUGGGGAUUUUUAGCAAGAAACAACAAUCUGGGUUCUCUGCCUCUUCAACAGCAGAGGAAGUUACUGAAGGGAUUGAUGGAACUGGUCUUACUGCAAUUGUUACAGGAGCCUCGAGUGGUAUUGGUGUAGAGACAGCACGUGUUCUUGCAUUGCGCGGUGUCCAUGUAGUUUUGGCAGUAAGGAACAUCGAUGCCGGGGCGAACGUCAAAGAAGCCAUCCUGAAAGAAAUCCCCAAUGCUAAAAUUUAUGUGAGGGAGUUAGACCUCACCUCAUUCACAUCUGUAAGAAAAUUUGCAGCAGAUUAUCGUUCCUCAGGCCUUCCAUUGAACAUCCUUAUUAACAAUGCAGGGGUAGGAGUGACACCAUUCAAACUUUCUCAAGACAGUAUAGAACUCCAGUUCGCAACGAAUCAUUUAGGUCAUUUUCUUCUCACAAAUCUUUUGUUGGAGACCAUGAAAAGCACAUCGCGAGAAAGCAACACAGAGGGGAGAAUCGUGAACGUAUCAUCUCUGAGCCAUCAAUACGGAUACCAUGAAGGAAUUCGUUUUGAUAAACUUAAUGAUGAACCCACAUACAGCAGGCAUUCUGCGUAUGCACAAUCCAAGCUUGCUAACAUAUUGCAUGCUAAUGAGCUUACAAGACGUCUGAAGGAAGAAGGGGCAGAGGUAACAGCUAAUUCUCUCCAUCCGGGAACAAUUGUCACAAAUCUUUUGCGCUAUGAUGGCUUUUUAAAGUGUGUUCUUAAGGUGCUGGGCAUAUUUAUCUCUAAAACUGUUCAGCAGGGUGCGGCAACCACAUGCUUUGUGGCACUCCAUCCACAACUUAAGGGAGUAGGGGGCGAAUAUUUCGUGGACUGUAACAUCGCCAAACCGAGCUCUCAGGCAAAAGAUGCAGAUUUGGCAACCAGACUCUGGGAUUUUAGCUUGAGUUUGACAAAUGCCAAGUAGUAUGGUGUUCUAAUAUUUUCUGGGUCAUUUUGUAGCUGGCUCUUUUCUGCACUGUUCGUUACGAUCAAGUAGUAUGGUGGUCUAAUUCCUCUGCUUUUCUCUGGUUUGUGUUGUAAUUCCAAGUUGGAUCACACAAAGUGAGGGCAGUGGAAACUUGGCCUGGGAGUGGGCAAUGAUUUUCACUGGUACUAGCACGUGCACGGCCAAGAGAUGACAGCUCAUUUUCUUCCUCCAUUGUUAAUGUUGAAAUUAAGAGAAGAAAAUCAAACUACAAAACAAUCAAUUGAUGAAUUCUAGUUGUUGGGGGUGAAACAGGCUUCAAUGCUUGGAAUGAAAUUGCCAAUAAGAGCAAGAUGUGUUGAUUUGGUUUAUGUCA